AUGGCUGUCAGGAACUCCCCCGUCUAUGUCUUCGUGCCGGGUGCAUGGCACACUCCCGACACCUUCGAUGGCAUCCGUGCUCUUCUGAGCAAGCGCGGACAUGACUCCGAAGCCAUUGCGCUGCCCUCUGUUGGUGCAGCUGAGCCAACAAAGUCCGGCCUCCACGCCGACAUCACCCAUACCAACGGUGUGCUCCGGGCGUUGGCCGAUCAGGGACGUCAAAUCGUCGUGGUGACGCACUCGUAUGGUGGCAUGGUCGGCUCAGGAGCCGUCGAGGGUCUUGGGUACGCCCAACGGUCCCAGGCUGGCCAGACCGGUGGUGUGAUUAUGGUUGUGUGGUUGGCUGCUUUCGUGACGCCCAAGGGCAAGUCUGUUAUUGAUAUGCUGGGAGGAAACUGGCUUCCAUGGAUGCUUCUGAGCUAUCCUCACGAAAUCCCGUUUACUAAAAAUCGCACCCAGGACCCCGAUGAUGGCUACUGCCGCUCUUCCCAGCAAGAAACAGUCUUCUACCACGACAUGACCCCCGAGGCCCAAGCAACCGCUAUCUCUAAGCUAAAGCCUCACGCCAAGCCCUCCUUCUUGGAGCCAGCUACCUUUGAGCCCUGGCAUGAGAUGCCGUCUAUGUACCUCUUCUGCGACAAGGACGCUGCUCUGCCACUGUUUAUCCAGGAGGGCUUUGCGCAGACAUUGGGUAACCCGAUAACUUUCCACGUUGAUGCAUCGCACUCGGGUUUCUUGAGUAAGCCCGAGGAGACGGCGGAUGGCCUGGAGCUUGCAUUGAAGGAGGGUUUGGAGCAGAGCGGGAUUAAUUAA